AUGAAAUAUCUCUUCCGCAAUCCACUCUUGUUCCCACAUCUCGAGGCGUGGUCUGGUCAGAAACCCGGCAUCACGUCUGGGUUCUUUCUUUGGAACAAUGGGACAGAGCUGCAGAAGAGUUCCAUUGGUCUACUGCGAGCCAUCAUCUACGAAAGCUUACAGGACAUGAUAUUUGGGCCCCUGGAAGAAGACGGGAUCAUUAUGCAGAACCUAUUCUCCGAUCGCUGGAAUGCAUUCCAAUCCUACGCUGGUGGCCUACACGAGUUCACUUUUCCGGAACUGAAAGCAGCGUUUGAGAGCUUGGUCGGCGAUGCGAACAAGAAGUUUCUCUUCAUGAUCGAUGGGCUGGAUGAGACGGAUGACUAUCCGAAGGAGUUGAUGGACCUCGUGUUCAGCACUUCGCGGAGAGACAACGUCAAGUUCCUGCUUUCGGCCCGGAGCUCACCAGUCUUCUAUUCGGCGUUUGAGAAUAAGCCUAGGAUGGUACUGGAGGAAUACACAAGAGAUGAUAUACAAACAUACCUGAUCAGAACUUUCGGCGAGGAACCAAAGUUGCAUUCGCUAAGAGGGAAGAUGGACGGCCAAGAGGAAGAACACAUCGUCGGGAUGCUCGCUGAAAAGAGCUCAGGAGUGUUCCUGUGGCUGAAACUCGCCACCACGUUUCUCUUCGAAAGUCUAGAGCCCGACUCUGAUUUUCUCGUCCUGAAAGAUCGCGCAGAGGGGCUUCCCUAUCUCCUGGACGAUCUGCUCGCCCACAUGCUCAGCAAAAUGGCUCCAGAGGACGUCGAAGCAGUUGGAAAACUGCACGUCCUCCUCUCACAUCAAGACAUAUGCCCGGCCAUCCUGCCUUUCUCCUUUGCCUUCACAGCCGAGACGUCAGCAACACUAGCCGCAGAUGUACGGCCCUUGACAGCAGUCGAGAUAAGUAAGAGAGUCGAAGACAUGCAGACCCUCACCCAACAGCGGUGUAAAGGAAUGUUAACCAUCUUCGACACCACACCACCCGAUCAACACGCCAGUACCGAGAGCCUGAGGAUAAGCUAUACCCACCGCGCGAUAAGAGACUACUUCUUUGCAUAUCCCGGUCUACUCGAAACGAGCUUGAACAACGCAUCUGAACAAACCGACUGGAACGCACCCCAACAAUGGGCGAACGCUCAUCUCUGGGUCCUCAAAACCAUGUCCUCUUCCAUGCCCAAACGCACCAGCAGCAACACCAACACCAACAGCUCCCGCGCUCCCCCACUCCAAGUCUGGACCCCACUAUCCAGCGCCCUGGAAAGCAGCCUCGAACUGCACACAGCCACAAACAAGUUCCCACUAACCUACAUCCACGCCGCCUUGACAACCGGCGUCUUCCUUGCCCUAAGAAGCGAAACCGGCCAUGAUCUGCCCCAGUAUCCCUCGUCUACCGCAUCAAGCUCCACCUCGACAUCGACCUCUACUACCUCCUCCGCCUCAGCAGCCACCACUCCAACAACCCUGACAACGCCUCUCGACCUGGCCGUCCUCCUCAACCUAACCGCCUACAUCGCACUCAAAGCCAAGGCCACAGACCGCCGAGAAGUCCGGCACGCGCUCGAUUACGGUCGCGGAAUGAGAAAACGGAUGGGUGCUGGCGGGGAACAGGUGUGGUUAUUUGGCGAGGGGAGGGAGAGGUUGAGGAAGGAGUUUGAGAGGGGGAGACAAGAAGGGGAAGCGCUGUUGGAAUAUUAUGCCAAGGCGGUGAGGUUUGGAGUCAGUAAGCCGGAGGUUGAGGUGCCGGAGUGGGUGUGA